GUGCAGACACGUCCGCAGACAUUCCCGGGAAAGAGCAGCAGCAACCAGCUCACCCAUACCCUGGAGGGGAUCUAAGUCUAGGAACAAUCCAGCGGACCGUGUGGAUGAGGCAGGAUGAACUGGACAGGCUUGUACACCGUGCUCAGUGGCGUGAACCGGCAUUCUACUGCCAUUGGCCGAGUAUGGCUCUCAGUCAUCUUCAUCUUCAGAAUCAUGGUGCUGGUGGUGGCUGCAGAGAGUGUGUGGGGUGACGAGAAGUCUUCCUUCAUCUGCAACACCCUCCAGCCCGGCUGCAACAGUGUCUGUUAUGACCAUUUUUUCCCCAUUUCCCAUGUGCGUCUGUGGUCUCUGCAACUCAUCUUGGUUUCCACCCCAGCUCUCCUCGUGGCCAUGCAUGUGGCUCACCAGCAGCACAUAGAAAAGAAAAUGCUGCGACUUGAAGGCCAUGGGGACCCCUUACAUCUGGAGGAGGUGAAGAGGCACAAGGUCCACAUCUCAGGGACAUUGUGGUGGACCUAUGUCAUCAGCGUGGUCUUCCGGCUGAUGUUUGAGGCUGCCUUCAUGUACGUCUUUUAUUUGCUCUACCCUGGUUACGCCAUGGUGCGGCUUGUCAAGUGUGAGGCCUACCCUUGUCCCAACACAGUGGACUGCUUCGUGUCCCGCCCCACGGAGAAAACCGUCUUCACUGUCUUCAUGCUGGUCGCCUCCGGCAUCUGCAUCAUCCUCAACGUGGCCGAAGUGGUGUACCUCAUCAUCCGGGCCUGUGCCCGCCGGGCCCGACGCCACUCCAAUCCACCCUCCCGCAAGGGCUCAGGCUUUGGCCACCGCCUCUCACCUGAAUACAAGCAGAAUGAGAUCAACAAGCUGCUGAGCGAGCAGGAUGGCUCCCUGAAAGACAUACUGCGACGCAGCCCCGGCACUGGGGCCGGGCUGGCUGAGAAGAGUGACCGCUGCUCUGCCUGCUGAUGCCACAUACCAGGCAGCCUCCCAUCCCGCCCCCACCCUGCCCAGGCCUGAGUUGAGCCUCCUUCUCCUUUGCCGGUUCACUGGCCUCUACCUGCCAGGGAGAGAGAGCUCCAUCAAAACUUUCCUUCCCCCCUUCUCCCCUUCCUCCCCCCCUCCCACCCCCCACCCCUGCCUGCUGCCUAAAGGGCUGAAGAGGUAGGAAGCCUGAGUGCUCAAGAUUAUUGAGGGUGUGGGUUAUUGAGGGUCUUGUUGCCUGUACCCCUUAUUCUUCCUUCUCCUUCCCCGGGGCCACUGGGGAUAAGAGAUAGGAUGCUCUGACAUCUUCAAUUAUGAAACUAAUCUUAACCCUGUGCUGUCAGAUAUCCUAUUUCUGGAGUCACAUCAAUAGGGAGGGAAGUGAGCAAGGGAGGGUGCUGUGGACCUGUGGGUGGAGAAGGGAGGGUAGCAAGAAAAAGAGGAGCAGCACUUGUAGCCUCAAGGAAAAAGAGGACAUAUCUGGGGUGGAGGAGUUAGGGAGAGAGAAAGAAGCAGGCAGAUAAAUUGGAAUGGGGGUUGGUCAGGGCUGCCUUUGCCUCUAGUCCCCAAGGCCUCUCUCUGCCUGAAAUGUUACACAUUAAACAGGAUUUUACAGUAAA